AUGGACGCUACACAAACAAAUCUCACGAGAGAAAAGAAGAACCUCUCAGGUGUCAAUAUCGCAAGGUCCGACAAUCAGGAUCCCAUCAGUCUCGCUCACUCGCUCACUCACUCCAAACAGCUAAAAUGCUCGCGAACAGAGCCGUGCCAAAACUGCGCCAAGGCAAAACACGAUUGCGAAUACAGCCAGGUAGAUCGCAAAAGACGCCCGGCCUCACAUGACUACGUCAAGAGCCUUGAAGAUCGAGUCGCAUGGCUCGAGUCCUUCAUCACCCAGGUCCAAGUGGCAUCACCAAGAGAGAGAGAAGCGCUACUGAGCACAGUCUCAUUUCGCAAACAAUCACCAGUCAGCAGCUUCACCGCAACAGACGCGGCCUCCUCAUCAGAUAUAAGCACUCAUGUACAAGCCGAUCUCCAGCCAGCUCUCGACGGCUCCCUCAUCUACCACGGCGCGACAAGCAUCUACCGCGCGCAAACAGUAAACCAAGCCCAGCUCGCCGUAAAAGACGCAACAACCCAGCCUCCUCUCUACACAGGUUCCGAAUCCAAUUUCGCACACGUCCUCGAACACUUUGGGAUCAACAUAGAAGACGAAGUCAUCGCGAAGGCUCUCAUGCAGUUCUUCAAGUGGCAGUACCCUCAGUUCAUGUUUAUUUACCGUGAGGGUUUUUUGCAAGAUCACUUUGGAGAUCGUGUCAAUUGCAAAUAUUGGUCUUCGGCGUUGCUGCUUUCUAUUUGUGCUUUAGGGACUUUGAUGUCGCCUGAUGAAGAGGAUCGGAGGUCGAGUGAGCAGUUUUAUACGGCGGCGGAGAGUAUUCUCAUGGUUACUGGUCUUACGAGGCCGUCUAUUGUUACGGUUCAGGCGUUUCUCUGCCUUGCUUUUUAUGAGAUUGGCAGAGGCAAUCUCUCCAAAGGCUGGGGAUUCUCUGGCAUCGCCUUUCGCAUCGCCCAAGACAUGGGCUUCCAGAAAGACCCAAAGAACUGGAUCUCUUACGACGCCUCUUUGACCACCGACGAAGAUGUCGAGAUUCGUAGGCGAAUAUACUGGGGAUGUUACAUCUCGGACAAGCUCAUCAGUCUCAUCCUCGGGCGGCCAGUCUUUCUCUACUACGACGACGCAGAAGUCGAGCCGAUGGAACAGCAGCCCGAUUAUCCAGAGCUAAGACCAUGGCGCUCAGUCGGCUUCUCAGGCACCGACAGCGAAUUGACCAAAAUCGGAUCCAUGGUUCCAUACUACCGCGAACAGAUCCAUCUCUCAAGGGUAAUCGAGCGUAUGCUAUGCACUUUAUUCUCUCCUCGAUCCAACAUGGAUGGUAUGAGUCGUAGAGCUUGUCUGGAUACACUCAACAUCGAGCUAUGUCGCUGGAAGGCAGCGUUGCCUGGUCGCGCAGAGUGGAAUAAAUGGGAACCCAUCGAUACGCCACUUAUACCUAGUGUCGCUAUGCUUCAUCUGCUCUUCCACAGCGCCCGUAUCGCUCUUAACUUCGACCAAGCCCUCUCUUCACUACCCACAGCAGCAGACCAAGCCUCUCGCGAAUACUGUCUCUCCUCAGCAGAAGACAUCGCCUCAAUAUUGCGACGAUACCGUCAUCAAUAUGGCCUUCGGCAUGCGCCGCUGAUCCUCGUCUACGGAAUCGUUCAAGCCAGUCGGGCGAUGAACACCUUGGGAGUUCCCGCAGAAGCCCAGCCGUUGAUGCAGGCUCUUGGAGAGUGCGCCGUUACUUGGAACUUGGCGGAGCAGGCCAAGGAGUUGAUGGUACAGAAGGCUGCUGGCUUGGGAUUGGAAGGAAUUAUGAGGGUAGCGGAUAUUUGA